AUGAAUCGAGGGACAUGGGGUUCCCUCCAGUGUUGUACCAUCGACCAAACCACAAUGCUCGACCAUGAAACCAGGCCAAAUAGCGUCACCGAUCUCAUUAUCGAGCUGCUCAACAGUAUUCCUAGAAGAUACCGCAGGAUAUCGACCGACAUAGACGAUGAAGAGAGCGAGCGGCCCUGGGAUAUUGAUGACGAUACGGUAUGGCUUCAUGCUAACUGGAGAUAUGCUCGAGGGGAAGCUCUGUCAAUCGGCGAAAUCGACAAUCUCAAUGGUCUCCUCCUUCAAAUGCAAAACUCCUAUCUACCUUCGUUACAACAGCAACUCGGCGACUUGUUGGAAUCACUAAACCUCGACGAUCUACCUGGAAGAUUUCCAAAUCCAAAACUUCCCGAUGUUCUUGAAAUCUUAUUCCGACUCGUUCACACCGUGGAUCAAAUAAAUCAUUUUGUCCAAUCCAUUGCCCCGAUUGUUGUGGAUCCGUUGCACUCAUACAAGAAGAAUGAUCGUGAUUAUGGUGGCUUGAAAGUCUAUAGGGCCACUGAACUGAUAGACGAAAUGAAUGACUUGAUGCAUCAACAUGUCCAGACCUUAUUCAACCAUCUUGCCCGAUUCAUUCGAGCCCUUCCAAAGAAUCCUCUGAUCAGUUCUUACGUUGAAUCUGAACUAACUCUCCACUCGAGCAAUCUUAUCAACGCAGCAACGGCCCAAACCUUGCGGGCAAUCGACCGUCUGAUCGAAUGGUCCAAGAAAUCCGAUUUCAGUAUUCUCCAGGACGACUGUCGAAGGUUCGCAAUUAAACUCGAUCCGAUUCUGGAAGACCUAAUCAGUCGAAUCAUCGUCAAACCCCGAAUAGAAAAACUGCUUGAAUUUGAAUCUGAUGAUCAAGCUGAACCUGCAAAUGAACAUGAAGACAUUCGGUCUGAUAUCGACUCCAACGAUCACCACCAAGAUAAUCGGUCCAGCACUAGCCAUUUGACUGACGCAUACGAAUGGGACAUCCCUCUAAGCGUACAAGUCAUUAGGCUGGUCAAGGCGCCUAGAUCAUUCAUCAAAAUACUCAGAAUAUUCUUCAACAAACUAUCUGACACGCCUAUCAGCAAAGCGCCAUUCACGAUCGGUACGCAACUAUGUUCCGAUGAGAUCACCUCAAUAGAUCACGAAAUCAAGUGUCUCGAUAACGGCUUCCAAGUAUUUCUGAAGGUCAUAUAUGAAAUCGACGAAAAUCCAAUGCAGAUGGCAAAAGUGAUUCAUCUUGGGAUAUUGCACGACAACCUCUGUCGUCGCUUUGAUUCUUCUAUAGCCUUACUAUCCUUCCAUCUGAUACCUUUGAGUGAGACUCAGUAUGAUCUUCCUAAAUCUGUAAAUCUUUGCAAAAUGUGGUUUUUGACACUAAGAGAACAUUUCUGCAUGGCUUCUGAGAGUUUUAAUAGUGCUAUUAACCGGGUGAAAUGCGCUAUAGAAGUGUAAUCAAUCCAUUCUUAGCUAUGAAUUUUAACCCUCCCACAUGGACUCCUUGUCUUAUUGUUUAUGAUCAUGUGAGGCUCAAUUUCAAAUAUUGAUGAAAUCCUUUUCAAGUAUUGGGCUGGUUGUAAGAUUUAACUCUGUGAAUCUUGAUGCU